AGGAAGCAUCACACAGGAGAAAGAUAGAUAGAGACUUAGCAAGAAUCACAGAGAGAUUAUCCAGGGAGGGAGGAGGGACGGCUAACUGGCCCAAACACAGACCAAGAGGUCGGGGGAUAGCAGUAAGGAGAAAGUGGGAGAACGAAACGGCACCCAUAACUAAUCCUAAAGACAGAGACAGCUCUUCUGACAGAUGGAGACCCUGGAGGAGAUGCCAAGUCUAGCAGAGGAGAGAGUGUGAGUAAGAUCAGAGACAACACAUAGCUGUACAAAAUAGGAGACUGUGCUGUGUAUUGACCUCAGGGAAAACAGUGUGUUGGAGGGAGUGCAAGUACCAGAGCUCCAUAAACUAGGCAGAGAUUGCUACUUGUCACACAGGAGAGGCACACUGCUGUCAAACAAAGAGUAGACAAAGACCACCACCAGCUGUAACACAGAAAGCAAAUGACUAAAAGCUAGGGUUGUGAAAGAAGACCGCACAUGGGACAAAGAACCAGAGAGAAGAGUCACAGAAGAGGCAACGUAGAUGACUUAUUAGAUUGCUAGUCAUCUGUUUGUUUGACAAUACUGACAUGUUUUUGCAUUCCCUACAAAAUUUAUUUUUGCACUCUUUGCAGUAACUAUAGGUGGUAAUUGCAGACAUAUACUUUAAAGCAAAAAAGAUUUAAGAUAUUCAGGGGUCACUAUGAAUAAAGUAUUAGUUUCUUGCCCUACCUCUCCUCUUUGUGCCCCCAGAUCCUCCUCUGCCACCCUGGGCUCCCCUCCCUCAGUUGCCCCAACCCCUGUCUCCUCUGGCCUCCCUUGCCCUUCUCGAGGUUUUCUCCGCAGCCUUCGGGUGCUUUACAAUAUCUUGGAGGAAGAAGGGGGCGGCCAAGUUCAUGUAAAGGAUAUCGAGGGUCUUUGGGGAGGACCAAGCAUUCUGGCUGGGGUCCCUCAGGCACUUAGAGAUGCUACAGCUUCCAGUGGAGGAUACCUGAGCUUUCCAAGGCUGGUGAGGGGGCUCACACAAGCACUGCGGGCAGCAGAUACUCAAGAAGCGGCAACUCCCCAAAAAAAAAGUACGAAAGGCGUGACACGAUCCCAGAGCAUCCACAAUGAUGUCCCCUCCUCCGUACGCCUGACACGGCAAGAGCAGCGCAUACGCCGCCAUACAUUAACUAGUGGCAUCGAUUACAAUACGCUUCGCCGGAUGAAAGAGCUGGAGCAGGAAAGAGAUGCUCUGCUAGAUGGAGUUCAACUGGUGGACAAAGCACGGGACUGGUACCGGGAACGUCUACAUGAAGCAGAGCAGAAGAGAGAACUGCAGUGCACAUUGGAUCAGGCGCCGCCUCCUCCCCUCCUUGGAUCAGCUCUUUUGGUACAGAUUCAGGAAGUCAACAGAUUCUUGAACGACCUAAUGUCCUAUCCAGAAAAGGGCCAUCGACGGCAGUCCCCGUACAGCAAUAAACACUCGGAUACCAUUGCCUCUCUACGAUAUCAAAACCAGCUGCUAACACGGGAUCUAGGAAGGCACUCUACAUCACUUCCUCUGAUGCAAGGCCCCAUUGGAAAACACGGACUACAUUUGAUACUGUGAUUAACACUGAGGAGAGUUAUCAGCUGUAGCAAUGCAGUGUAUUCAGCUGCCCAGAGUGUCAGUGCAGAAGUUGCAGCACACUGUAGGCCAAAUAGUGUUAUAAUUCUGCAGGAGGAAGGCUGUGCACUGGCAGGAUCACCAUGUAUUUUUCUCCAUUGUUCAUCUAAGGACAUGGCACUAUAGAUUAAUGAAUUUGAUGGCGGUAUCCCCAGCGGUCCUAAACCUACAGUGCCUUUUUUCUUCAAUAAACAUGGGAGAACCAAGUACAAAGAGCCUAUUUUUUUCUUUAACAUGCAUGAAAAUAAGUAUCCUUUUAAUAAUAUCAUCACAUAAAAUACCAUUAUAUGCCCCUGUAAUCAAAGGGCCACUAAAGUUUUCUUUCUGCCAGGAACCAAGCGUCAUCUUGCCUAAUGCAAGGCCCACCAUUGGAAGACAUGUAAUACACUGAUUGCCACUAAGGGUCAUCAGCUGUGACGACACUGAUAAUCCCCCUCCUCAGUGUACGUUGCUGCAGAGCCUGACAAUGCGGCUUAAUUCACAGCAGGCUAAACGGUGUUGUCAACCUGUAGGAGGAAGACAUGCAAGAUCACCAUGUAUUUUUCUCCAUUAUUCAUUGGAGGAUGCAGCGCUAUAGACUGAUGGCCUAUGGUGGCAGUAUAUCCAGUGGUCAUAAAUCUACAGUGCUUUAACAUUGGUGAAUAGGAUGAGUAUGCAAAUGCAUUCAAUUAUGACCUACAAUUGCAUAUGCAAUCACUGACAUCACAGUAUAUAUGCCAUGUGCCACUAACAGCUUUGCACUGUUGUUAGUCAAUGUGUGCAGUCUCUGGUUGGCGUGAUGCCACGUACACACGACCGUUUUUCAUGACA